CAUGACUGACCCAGCAAACCCGACCGACGACCCCGUCGCCCAGAGCCCUUCCACCCCGAAACGCAAACCCCGCAAGAUCAACCGCAAUACUUCCACUCCCGACAAGCCUGACGUGGCACAGACGCCGGAACCCCGCACGCAACCUGAUGAUGAGGACCCUUCCGCGGAGCCUGAAAAGGCCCCCGAGUCCGCUCCAAAGGACGAGCCAGAGCCAGAGCCCGAGGACGAAACACCCCAGGACACCAUGAAGCACGAGGAUCCCGAUCCGACGGACACCCCCCAGCCAGAGGCCCCUCAGCAGGAGGAAUCCGACCCCGAGCCUGAGCCUGAGCCUCAGCCCGCUCCACGCAGAAAGAAGAAGCCCUUGCCAUACCGACCCCGAGAGGAGUCGUCGCGCGAACCCAGCGGCCGGGCCGUGGGUCGUCGCGACAGGGCAGCGCCCGACAGCACCGUCCAGCGCCGGUCUCGCCGCCGGCGUCCCGAGCAGGAGCAGCAGCUGGUGCCGCGGCAACAGCCCGUGCCAGAGGGGAGUCUGCUCCCCGAGCGGAUCACGAGUUUCAACAGUCUGUCGCAGCCCCAGAGCGGCGGGGAUUCCAAGAAGAAGGAGAAGAACGACCAGCUGAGCCUGCGGCUGGAUCUGAACCUGGAUAUCGAAGUGCAGCUCAAGGCGCACAUCCAUGGCGACCUGACUCUCUCGCUGAUGUAAGUAUACGUACCGCCCUCUCCCGGCCCGAUUCCAGUCACUCGGAUGGAUGGAUUUGAUGGCUAACUGCGCUGCGGAUGCACAGGAGUUGAAUGACGAGCAUUAGAAUCCGACAUGUGUGAUGAGAUUUCCCAGUUUCCUGUUCCAGCCGGCGUUGCGGGCUGAUUCCCUACCUCGUUCAGAUGGUUGAUGUACAUUCCCUUGGGGGCCUUGAUGGCCGAUACU